AUGGAAGAAGAUAGUGUUGAAAUACAAAUUGAAGAUAAUAAAGGUCCACCUGCAAUCCAUGAAAAAGGUCAAAUAAAAGAAUCGGCACUAUUUACAAAAAAUGCAGCAAUUAGUCAGGACGAAUCAUUUCUAGUUAUAUUUGAUUCAAUUGACGAAAAUUAUAAAAAUGUCACAAUACGAAUGUAUAACGUCAAUAUCGAUGAAGCAGGAAAUAAAGAUCUUUCUAAUCCAUUUGAACCAUUAAAACUUACACUUAAUUUUACCGAUGAGCAUGAAGAACAAAGUAGGUUGAUGGAGUCGAGUUAUUUUUCAGGUUGGUCUAUUGCUGAAUCAAAUGAAUCAAAUGAGUAUCAUGAAAGUUUUAGAUUGCUAGCAUUAUCUUGUAUAAGCGACAAUGAUAUGCUAGAUAUGCCAGAGGCGAAAAAAAAAAGUAGGCGUGGUUAUACUAAAGUGUGGAUGAUCGGAAAAGACUUUAAAGCCAAAGAAUGUAGUAGUAUAGAAAUAAAUGAUGGUGGAAUAAUCCAGUUUAUUUCUGGUGCAGAUGAUUUCACGCUUAUUUUGUUAAAAGGGAAUGGAAUAUAUAAACAUGGUUUACAAUAUUUAUCGAAUGACAUGAAAUUUUAUCAUAAGGUUUUACCAUUAAAUUAUCCAGAAAGAAUAACUCAUGCCUUAAAGUAUAACUGUGGUGAAUACGUUAGUAGAUAUGUGACCGUGCCACCGAGUGACAUCGUGCGUAAAUAUCUUUUGAGAUGCUUAAAUAGGCAUUACCUAUUAGUAGACACAUCCGAUAGAGAUCCAAACAAAAAUAUAGAAAUUUAUGAUUUAGAAACUCAUCAAUUAAUGAAUGUAUUUAAAAGGUAUAAACUUACUUUAUCAAUUUUGGAUCGUGAAAAACCUGGUGCAUUUACGGUAUCUAAUGAUGAAAAGAUAUUAGCGUACGUAUCUGGAAAUGACCUUAAAAUAUAUUUAAUAGAAAAUGGUCUUGAAUUAUCAUCUUUAUCAUGUAAAGGUGGCAUGUUUGAUGUGGAAUUUAUGAAGUUUGUCAUAAAUGAUGAAAAAUUAUUAAUAUUCAAAGCUAAUAUAACUGCGGCAGUCUGGGAUAUUUUUAAUUCUGUUAGAGAAUCUAUCGAAUUCAUACCUUUGGAAAAAAACAUAGCUUCAGGUUUAGCCAAGCAUAUGACGAGAAUAGUCAUUGGCCCUAGAUCAGAAAAAUUAGAAAACCUAGACAAAUUAGAAGAAAAAUUUGAAAAUAAGUAUUUUACGAUCCUUAAUAUAAGACCAUUCUUUGAUGAAAAUCAAAUAGCAUGGGAUAAAUUAGUUCUAAGUGAACAUUUGACAAGAUCAGGUCUUGAUUCGAAUUGGAAAGAACUAAUUCUUUCUAAUUGUGAAAGUAACAUAACUAACGCGAGGCCUAAUGCUUAUGCCAUUGAAGAAGAUGUUUCGUUAUUGGAUUUGGAAGAAUCUGAACUUAAGUAUUAUCAUGGAACAGAACCGUGGGCUGUUCAUCCUGCAGAAAAAAUAAUUGAUACUAAUUUUAAAGUGCGACCUUCGUUUUCAAGACAUGUUAUCUACCUUGAUAAAGAAAAAAACAUAAGACUCCUUAUAGGAAACAAUACUAUACAAGUUUGGCGUGGUAAAAAACUCGAAUUCAUUCAAAUCGUUAAUGAUGACCCCGAUGAACCAGAAAAACCUCAUGAAAAGUUCAAAAUUAUUAAAAUUAAAUAUGGUGUAGAAAAGGUUGAUCUUUUGAUUAGCAAAGAAGGAAAAAACAUCCAGAUAAAAAUAGAACAUGAAGAUGAUAUCAUCUACAUAGUAAGAAGUGCAAUCGAUGCACUUGUGUAUUUAGAUACUCAAAGUAAUUCUAUUAAUCUUGCUGUAGGCGGUAAACGUAUAAUAUAUAACGAUAUAGUUCAACAAACACGAAAUAUUAUUACAAGUAAUAGAAAUGAAUCGGCUAAUGAUUCUGAAAAAUGUAUUUCACGAAUCCUUUCUGUGAUCUCAAAAAGUGAUAAUGAAAGUAAUAGCAAAAAUGACAUCAAAACUGAAUUAAAGAAAGUCAAAAACAUUAUUGUGAAACACUCUUUAAGUCAUAAAAAAAUUGAACAAGAGCGUCCUCUCCAUUCAUGGCAAGUUCCAUUAAAAGAAAUUUUCCCUGAUGAAGAAUCGAAUAUCGAUGUGAUAAUGCUUACACUUUUCCUAGAAUAUUAUUCAAACAAUGCGAUGGAUAACAUCGGGUGGAUGAACGUCGUGUCUGAAAUCAUACCAUUAUUAUACGAAACAAAUCUCGACUGGUACGCUCAAGAGUUCCUUUACAAGCCUUGUUUUGGUAACAAAGCGUUAGAUUUGUCUAGUAUGAAGUUUCAUGCGGUUAAGAAAAGUUCCGAAAAUUCCUUAAAAGUCUAUAUUCCUAUAACGCAACUCAUUCCUCGUGGUGAAUCUUUGAGUCUUAAAAAUAUCAGUGACGAUGAAAUUCCUUACAUUAGAAUGGUACCUUUAAUUAAUUUUGCAACGAAUAAAAAAGCUCUAGAACCAAUGGAUAAAACUCGGCGCAUGAUUAUAAAACUUUUCUUACCUGGCAAAUACUCAUCUAUUGAAAAAGAGGAAUAUAGCCAUUUUAUUCGGCUCUUACGAAUGAUGAAUGCAGAUGAUGCAUUUUAUGAUAACCCUCAAUGGAAGCCAUUUAUUCUUCUUAAUCAUCCCUCCUAUAUAUCAUUAAAACAAGCACCAGAUGCUGAUAAUCCAUCCACAAAUAUAGUUAUUGCUGUACCUGAUAAUCCAUUCACAAAUAUAGUUAGUGCUGUACUUGCCACAUAUAAUUGGGAUUCAAUUCAAUUUAAUGCUUGGGAUUUUUGGCCCCUUGUUAUUAUUAGUGUAAUUGGUAGAUUUUUUUACAUUGUUAUAUUGGCAAAUGUAAUUAUUUCGUUUAUGAGUCAUGCAUUUGCAAAUGCGAAAGAAGAAAGUAGACGUGGCGUGCUCAGGUUUCAAAAAGAUUUGAUUUUUGACUAUGCAAUUCUUGAAGGAUCCUCUUUUACCUCUAAAAUAAAUAGUUUUGAUAGCCAAUUUAAAGAUAAAUUAAGAGUAAGGUAUAUAUGUUUUUUGUAUGAGCCAUUACUUAGUUAUGCAUGGAAACUACAAUCCGAAGAGAUUAGCCCAAAAUGGGUAGAAACGUAUGGAUUUUUUGCAAGGAAAGAAAGUUCUGAUAUUGAUGAA